GAUUUUGUCCGUUUGUUUCGUAUUGUUCCAGGUUUGGCCAUCGUUCCCACCACCACCACCACCACCACCUCAUCGAACCGACUCACCACGACAGCAACGCAGUAAACCACACCCACCCGCCACUGCGCUACCUGCAGGCCCGAAUGAAGCCAAGGGCGUUGGUGCUCAUCCCAUUCGCAGCGGCGGUGCUGCUCUGCUCUGGGCUCGUGCUCUGGCCCUCGAUGAUGCUUGUGCAAGAGCAAGGCACAACAGUCGACUACUACGCCGACGACCAGCGAAAUCCGUUCGUCGAGGCGUGGCAGGCGCUCGAUCCCGAGUUGAGCCAGCUGCUCAGGCAGCCAGACCAGGCCAUCCAGCGCCCAAGCGCAGAAUUGUUGGACAGUCAUGAUCAACGAGACGGACUGGUCGUGCUUGCAACACACCCGAUUGGCUUCCUUGGGCGCUAUGCAACAGUGCACGAUCCGCAUGCAACCGGCGACGCGGUCGUGUUUGGGUGGCCGGGAUUCGAGAUCAAUGCGGUAUUCACUGGCGCGUCAAGCAUUGCUGCCGUCCUAGCUGGUCCUGUCAUUGCAACCCAGCUCGCUGGCACUGAUAGCAGCGUCACUGUGAAUCUCAACGACGUUCAGCAAGGCUUGGAUCCAAGUCCGCACUCGUCGGACUGUGACUUUAAUGUGUACGUUGACGGAGUGCAACUUUCGCCGCUGCCACCAAAGACGCCCGUGCUGAGCUUGUCGACAGACAUGGUGGCCGCGCAGCAGCUGGUUUCGGGACUGGACGAAACUGCCGUCCAUUCUGUUCGAAUUGUCAAGCGCACCGACUCGCGAGCCCUGCACACAUCUGUCCGGCAAGGUGUAUGCGCGUUUUACGGGUUUCGCCUGCAUUCGACUGGGCAAAUGCCACCGCGCCUCCUACCGCCACCUCGACCUGCCGUUUUUGCGCAUGGCUCGCAUGCCGACAUGCUCAAUGCUGUAGCCGGUGGCACUGUCCAUCAGCGAUUGACAAACCCGCCUCGGUUGGUGUUUUACGGCGACUCUGUCACGGCUGGCUCGGCAGCUUUGCAAAACAUUUCAUGCGCCAAGAACGUGAGAGACGUCCGGGCCUCCUACUCUUCAAAAGUCACAAAAGCUCUCCAUGCAGAGGCGCAUUACAUUGCGCGGUCGGGCAUGGGCGUGCUACGGAGCAAUUCUGUGGAAGCGAAGACGGUCAUGAAGGAUGUCAUGCAUCUUUCCAUGGCAGCGCCAUCUGCUCCGCGGUGGGACACGACCUUGUUCGCGCCGGAUGUGCUCGUGUUGAAUUUGGGCACGAACGACUUUAUUGGCUGGGGCAGCAUUACUCCCGCCUUUGCAGCGUCGUUCACGGAGGGCUACCAGUCCCUCAUUCAGGAAUUGCGGGUGGCUCACAACCAACCAAACCUCCCCGUCUACCUUUUAUGUGGUCCAAUGCAUUUUGAGAAGGCUGGAUGCGAGGCCAUCAAGGCCGUCGCUGAUCUGGUUGGAGGAACGUUUCUCAAUGUCACCGAUAUAAUCGGCCCGUCCGAUUGGGGCUGCAGAAGCCACCCGGGCGAGAGUGGCAACGAGAAGAUUGCGGCAUUCGUGGCGGAACGUCUCCGGGUGGAUUUUGCAGAUAUUUGGCCACAGCUACCGUAGCCAGCCAAUUCUUCGUGUCAUGACUUUUACAAUUCUUGUGUGUCAUGACUUUCACUGUUAACGCGAUGAUGUACAGUAUUCACGAAAAGUAUUUAACUGAUGCGAA